AUGCUGUACGCGGCGCCGAAAAAGUCGAACGCUCCGUGUCCCGGCGAGCCUCGUGACCGGCCUCGUCUCCUCGAGCCGCCCGACGGCUUGUUUGUCGGUCCUUUUGUCAGUCCCUUUGCCGGCCCCGCCUCGCCGCCCCCCCCCUCGUCGUGGACAAACGUCAAUGCCGGCAUUGACUCCAACGUCGCCGUCAACGUCGACGGCGACUUCAACGCCAACGCCAACGCCAACGUCGACGCCAGGUUGACCAAGCCGUCGGUGUCACCGCGUCUGUUCGAGGGCUACUCGAGUCUGGGCGUCAAGACGGCGUGGCGCCUAGCAACCGAAGAGGUGGACGGCUUUGAUGAGACUGUCGACGAGGACGGCGACGACGAGGGUGUCGGUGACGAGGAAGAAGAUGACGCCGACGACGACGACGACGAGGGCGAGGGCGAGGGCGAAUGUGACGAAGGCGAGGAGGUGGUGGGGAGUUUGGUGAAAGAGGCGCUGCAGAGCUCUUUGACAAGCGCAUGUGAAGAUCUCUUCUGGCCGUCGAUGAAAGAGUUGACGGUUGGUAGGGCUGCACCACCACCGCCGUUGCCGCCGCCGCCGCUUCCGCCGCACGCACACAGACAGACACACGUGCAAAUGCACACACAAAUGCCGAUUCUCACGCCAACGUCGACGCCAACGUCGACGUCGACGUCGACGACGACGCGGACAGACGGACAAUCGGUCAAGGCGUCGGUUGUCGCGAGGAGUGCGGACAGUGUGUCGGUGAGUGUGGCCUGCGCGGACCGACAGACGACGUGUCGCGGUCACGUGAAACGACCGAUGAACGCGUUUAUGGUUUGGUCACGAGGCCAACGACGCAAGAUGGCGCAGGAGAAUCCGAAAAUGCACAAUUCCGAGAUCAGCAAACGUUUGGGCGUCGAGUGGAAGCUGUUGACGGAGACGGACAAACGACCCUUCAUCGACGAGGCGAAACGACUGAGGGCGACGCACAUGCGCGACUAUCCCGACUACAAGUACCGACCGCGCAGGAAGCCGAAAACCGGCGUCAAAGAGCACAAGUACCCCAACUACGCAACCUCUGCAAUGCCGUCGGGUAGGUCUCCUCUUGUCUCCUCUCGUCUCGUUUCGUCUAGCCGACAAAAAGAUACACUGACACAACCACACACCAACACACACACACACACACAUACAAUUGAGAAAAGAUGUUAG